CAAUGCGAGAACAACGCUCGUCUGGUCCUGGUGACGAAUACUCACGAAAGAAGAAAAGCGAAGAAAAGCAACAUGGCGGCGAGUGGUGACGUGGACGAACUCUUCGAAAUAAGAAAUUCCUUUUACAUUGGAAAUUACCAAUUCUGUGUAAAUGAAGCUCAGAAGUUGCACGUAAGCCUUGCAACAUCUUAUUCAGUUUAGGGCAUUCAGUGGCCCGAGUGAAAUCCGUUACCACUCGUUGACGAUAAUGAUGUCUAUGUCUAAUUUGUUUCUAGCCCUCUUCACGCGAGUUAGCCAUUGAAAAGGAUGUUUAUAUGUACAGGGCUUACACAGCACAGGUCAGUUAAUGCUCUUUCAAUGCAUAUGUUGUAGUUUUAAUAUUUUUUAUCUGAGGCAAUUUUUAUUUUUCUUCUGUUUUUACAACUUCAUUAGCAUACAUUGCAAUACCCAAAAACAAAAGGAAAACAAAAUUACCUGAGGUAAAAAAAUUAACUACAACAGUGGUUUCAUACCUGUGCACUGCUUAUCUUACACUUUGACGAGUAAAAGGUUCACUUUAAGCCGAAAAAAUGGGCUAACGAUAGGUUGCUUAUCUGAAAUGUUGGAUGAUUGUGUCUGUGUAUUUUUGUAUGAAGGCUAUCUUGUGAAUUAUGAAAUAUGUCUUUGUUUUUAGCGCAAAACUUGAGCCGGGUCAUGUGAUCAGUCGCAAUGGUAAAGGAGAAAUAUGAUCUUGAAGUUAAUCAGAAAUAGUUGUCAAAAUGGUUAUCUUUGCAAGCCGUCCUACAAAAAACACAAAAUAUAUAACCUGGAUAAAACUGAAUAGCUAAUAUAAUAGAUCUCCAAGUGUACCUUUCAAAGCAAAACAUAAAACACUCACUUCAAAGUUGUGUUUUAAAAUAUAAGCAAAUUUGCAUACGUAAUUUGAAACCUCUUGAUACCUCUACAUGCAUCACAACUUUUGCUAAAUAUAGUCAGCCACUUUCUAAGCAAAACACUAAAAAUGCAUGAUAACCAUAGGUUUCUCCAUGAUUAUUCCAUCAUUUUCUGACAUUAUAAUUAAACUCAACUGCAGUAGAAGUCAAACAAAAGCGAAUAGCAAGACAAGUGCUUGUUUGUUUACUUUUUACCAGCGACCAAUAGUUUUGUUUGCCGAGCCAAGCAGGGAAAUUGGCAUCAAUAAGGGCUAAUUCAUUUCUUGUAAUUCCACUCUAAAAGUUACAUCAGUUAAUCGAGUUAUUCUGGCGCACAGAAUCAGCGAUCAAUGGCAAUGGCUGAAUGUAUGCAUACAGCAAAAUGUUAACUAACUCAACUAAGGUAUUUAAUGUUACGUCCUUAUUUACUAAGUAAUACGAUCAAAUUCCAUGAAAUGGAAUUAAAUGUACAUGAAUUUGUAUGUCAUAGGGCAAACACAGAGUUGUUCUAGAUGAGGUAUCAUCAUCAUCUCCUCCAGAGGUACAGCCAGUUAGAAUGCUAGCUGAUUAUCACCAGAAUCCUAACAAAAGGUCUGUGUUCCCUUUAAUAUAUUAUGACCACUGUUUUUGUUUAAUGAUCAUGAUAAAGAUACAAAAUAGCCCAUGUUCGAUAUAUUAAAAUUCUAACAUGUCUCUGAGGCUCUAAGGAUAAACUUGCAUAUUUGUUAUGACUCCAUUGUCUAGCAAUUCCUAGGAGAGACUUGAGCACAAAGAAAUCCAAACCAAAUAUAGAAAUAUGGCUUGGGAACCUAGGAGUCUUGUUAGAAUUUUAAUAACGUGUGUUGGCCAUUGUACUUGUAGUACAGUGGAAUCCAUUAAUAUGUGUAUGACCUUUAUUGGGCUAUGCGAAACUUGUUGUAUAAGAAGGAUAGUAUCACCACAUAAUAAUGAGCUUUUUCUAAAUUAUGUAAUGAUAAGCACAAUUUUUAAACCUGACUGCAGUAUCAAACUUCCAGGCAUCACACCUGUCAUUUUGGGUACUCAAUUAUGCCUAAUGCAGCGCUGGAAAUUACUGUCAGACAUCAAACAUUGUCCGAUCAAAAUUUUGAAAAUGUCCGACUAAUAUUGCAGUAUGUUUGGACAUAAUGUCCGAGAACUUAAUUGACUGAUCGACUUAGCUCUUGUCAUAGAAACUUCUUAACCUCUGUGAGCUGAUUUCAGAAACAUUAAAAGGUAAAACAGGUUCAGGGCAGGUUCUUGAGAGGGCAAUUACACAGAAGCAUUGCUUGGGUUUUCUUGCCAUGGACCAUCAAAUGAUUUGAGGCAAACUACUAGGAGAAAUCAUAACAGUGUUGUGAAUUAGCGACGCAUUUGAAUAAGUGUCGUAUUUGGGACAAAAAAUUAAUAAAUGCCGCCCCUGAAAAGGCACUGCGGCCUGUUAUAAUCAUAAAAAAACAUUAAUUUUGUCAGUUUGAUACACAAAAUAACAAUAUCGCAUUUAAAGCUGCCCUCGAAUAAGUGCACAUUUGAGGUGUGAGAAAUUAAAUAAGCGUUGUGGUCCUUAUUCGAGUAAAUACGGUAUGCUAAUUGAUUACCAACCACUUAUUUAAUAUGUCCUAUCAAAAUGAAAGUAAGAAAAAUUAUUUCCAGCACAGUAAUGGCUUAUUAAUGAUUAGCAUUUAUUUGAUCUGGCUUUACUACAUUAUGAUCUCCAUAAAUCUUCAUUUUGUACAAUAUCUGAAUCUAAUGUUUUAUUACAGUCAGAUUUAUCUUAACGGACAGCUCUUUAAGACAGAUACCUCACUAAAUCAGACACCUAGAGUUGGUCCCUGCCUUUCUUUAUGAUGAUGAUUAUUUAAGGAACUGAAUGCUCACCUGCAAACCAGUAUGGGUACUCUAAAAGGUGGCCGAUGAUAAUGAUAAUAUAAUAGCAGUCAUAAUUUUUAUGUACAGUACAGUUCAAGAGAAACUUACCAGUCUCAUCUCGUUUCUUAUCUGGUAGGACGAGUGUUGCAUCUUUGCAAGUAUCACUGAAGGAGCAGUUUUGGAAUAAAUUACAAAAAAAAAAUGAUAUCACUACAUCUGACAAACCAAUCCAGAUUUUUGAGGUACAAUGAUCAGAAAAAACUGUGCCAAUAGUGACUAUAGUACAGUUUUUGAAAACUGUAUUUAAUGAAGAUUUCAUUAAAACUUUAAUCUUGUGUACCUUGGAAAGUGUUCACAAUCUGCUGUACAGUCUGUAGGUGUCCAUAACUUAACGGUACAUCGAGUGCUAAGGCUGUCUUAUUUAUUACAUUGUACUUCUGUUGUUCAAUGUAGGGACUCCAUCCUGAAGUCUAUAGAAAAGAAAUUAAACUCCAGUGAUCUCAAUGACUAUGACUUAUUGAUGGCAGCCUCUAUCUACUUUAAUGAACAGGUUUGUGACUGUAUAACAUUUUUAAUUUCUUUUUGCCUUUUUUUUUCUGUCUCACCAUCGAGCGAGUGCAGAAACGGGUGCUGCGCAUUAUCUUUCCUGCCCUGCACUUCCAAGAGGCCUUAGCUACUACCGGGUGUGUACCACUUCACACAAGAAGAAUGGAGUUGUGUAGCAAAUUAUUCACAAAGAUAAAAGAGCCCGAGUCCCGUCUUCACCAUCUUGUUUCACCGACUCGGUCGCAGGUGCACGGCCGCUCCCUUGGCAACAAAGACAGACCAUCCCUUAUAAGUUGCAAAACUGAACGUUUUAAACGAAGCUUUUUUCCCGGCGAUGCGCCUUUAUGCUCAUGGCAUGUAAUUUAGGAACUUAUGGGAAUUUAAUGUAUAACUUGAUAUACAUUAAUUUUUUAGUUUCUAGUUUUCUACAUAUGUAUCUAAUUUAUUGUAUUAUAUCUUCUCAUAAUUGUAAGGCCCAGUCUAUUUUGAACAUGAUGUAAUUAGUUUAAAUUAAUUUUUUUUUAUUAAUAUCUAUAUCUUUGUAAGAUAAUUUUGCAAUUCACUUAUUUUUAAGCGCGACGAUUUUGUUAAUAAACCAGACUUACUUACUCCUGGCACAUUUACAAUUUGUACCACUUCUUAUAUGUAACUUGAAAAAAUAAUGUAUCUGGAAACAUAAAAGCUUUUUCACCAUGUACAUGCAGUUGCAAUGAAUAUUUCAUCUUGUUGAGGUGCUUCUGUAAACCUUCUACCAUCUGACUGCUUUUUGUUAAAAACAGAAUUUUGAGUCUGCAUUAAGAUGUCUUCAUCAGUCUGAGUCUUUAGAGUGGUAAGCUACAUUUUUUAUGUAUUUGUAUAUUCUGAUAAUCAGUUAAGCCUGCCUGUUAGCACAUCAAUCAGUGAUAAAUACAGUAUUAUAAUAAAAACAACCUGCUAAAAAGCAAAGAAACAAUGUGAAGGUGUUUCAUUGGUACGUUGCAUGAAUUGUUUGUAAUCAAUAUGUUACCAGACAGUUUAAGUAAAGAACCUUAGAUGCCAGUCCUGCUUUGCUUUUUUGUCAAAACUGUUACAUGUAUUAUUUUGUUUUCAUAGCUCUGCUUUGUCUGUUCAAAUAUAUAUCAGCAUGGACAGAAUAGAUCUUGCCAGGUGAGUAAAACAGUUAACUGUUAUUUUUUUUAGCUGCAAGAUUACUAAGGCACCGUCCAUACAAAUCCGAUUACUUUUGAAACUGCAUAUGUUUGAAACCCAUCUCCAGAGUGGAUUUUUUUGGAUCUGACGUGUCUGGUGAAUUUGUGUGGACGACUGAAACGUCAACUUCAUCAUAAACUCGGGUCCAGUCAAUGAAAACUUUCAAGAUGAAAAUGGUAGGCAAGAAUGCUCUGUUUGCGAAUUUGUUGGCUCUAAUUGCCAGUCUUAUUGCAUGCAUAAAGAUCAAUUUUGCUAUUUUGACGCCAAAGAUUAGCCAUUUCAAAGAAGAAGACUCAUCCAGAUUGUGGAAUUUUUUAGUUUGAGACUAAGGUGUGUAAAACGUCUGCAUUCUGAACCUCGUCAAAGACCAUUUUGGGUUUGUCCAGAGCGAACAAGUGUACAGGCAGACCUGGGCAUCAAGCUUGAUAUAGGUACAUCAACAUUAAAAAAUGGUACAAAAUCACGUUGCAAGCUCGGAUUGCGCGUGCCUAUUAGCUAGCAAUUAGCAAAUAUAAAUCACACUGAAUAGGUUAUAGACCUUUCCCGCAUUCCUGUAAUUAAACAAAGGCAUCAAGUCGAGGCUCGGGUAGACAAAAUACAGUGAUUUGUAUAUGAAAUUGUCCACCUAGGCCUCGUCCUCGUUUUUUAUGUUUGGUUACUGGAGCGGAAUGAAGGAAAGGUCUGUUGGUGUGGAUGGGUGAAUUCAAACUGGAUGCAUCACACCAAAUUUGAGUUGACUCAAAUAUCAAAUACAGUGUAUGCGGUUUCAGCGUCUCCUGAUUUGUGUGGAUGUAGCCUGCAUGUAAGUGCUUCUCAAUACCAUGUACCAGCGGUUAGUAGAAGCAGCCUUAUUUAAUAUGAAAUUACUGUUAUUGUCAUUAAAUAUUGUUAUUGUUAAUACCUUGUAAUAAUUAUUAGUACAUGUUUAGUGUGAAUUUUAUUCCUGUGAAUUUACAUGACUUUGUACUGUACUAGCCCUGCGGCACUAAUUAAAUCUUUCAAACCUCAAAUGCAGUGUUUAGUUAAGGGUGGCAAUUAUUAAUGAAAGUUGGAUGCAACAAGGAACUAUGGUAUUACUAUUUUGCAUAUUAAACUUACAGGAUUAAUGUCUUUAAAUUUUGAUUAUAUCAGCACUGCGACGCUUAUUUGAGUUCUAAAUAUAGCGCUUACUCUAAAAGGGUAGUAAUUUACUUGUUGGGCUAAUUUUUGUUUUCUCUCUCUAUCUUUUUUGUUUCCAAUUCUCUUUCAUUAGGAAAGAACUAAAAAGAAUGCAGGUUUGUUUUCAAAUUACUUUCAUAAACUUAUGUAGAAUUAUAUUUUUCUUCACCUGACUGUAGGACCUAGAUGAUGAUGCUACACUGACGCAACUGUCCCUCGCAUGGUUUAAUCUUGCUGUGGUAAGAAAAUCUGAAAAUUUUUACCAGCAAUAACAUUUAAUUUUUGUUAUUAUAAUUUCAUUCAAAAUAUUUCCCCAAUUCUGAUUGGGUAAAAGCACACGCAUAAUUCACCAUAACCAGUUACUGAUGACCAAAUUUAGAAGAAUUUUGUGUUUAACGAGGAAAUGACGUCAAAAAUGCAGCCUUCUACAGGUCAAUGCACCGUUAAUCGAGAAGACCUGGGGACGAGGUUGAGGUGUUUUGGUUGUAAACUUGAAAAAUGGCGGACAUUUCACUUGUUUCAAGAGUAAGAACCAGGCGAAAAAAUAGCUAAAAACAUGGCAAGAACAGCAAGAAGACAACUCAAAGGGCGACAUCUGCUAUUUGGAGAAUAUUUGGGGAGCCGAACAACCCUAAACGUGCACUAUCGAAGAUGAACUUAACAUCGAUGGAGGUAAGCAUGUUGAGCCAUGUUUUUAAACUAGGAAUUAUUUUGAAUGAAUAAUGAAACAAUUAUUGAAUUCGGCUUUCGUAUCAUAUGAAGAAUUAUGGAGAUCUUGGAGGGUGUUAUCCGCCGAUAUCACCCUCCUCGAUCUCCAUAAUUCUUCAUAGGAUACUCAGCCUCAUUCAUUUAUUGUUAAUAAUUCUCAAUUGUAGUGUUUCAUUUAUAAGUGACAUUUACGUAAGCAGGGACCUGUUAUGCUUAUUGUAAGGGAAGCCUGUUAAAUCAAGUAAUUAGAAUGUGAUUCAAUAAGUGGGUGCAGGUAAGUAGAUAAAUAAAUGAUUAAUUAAAGGAUGACUAUAUGUAUAAGCAUAUUGAUAAACAAUUAUGGUAAUUCCAUGUUUUGCACUUCACAUCACCUCUUUAAAAUUGCAUUACAACAUUUGAGGUGGCAAUUUCAAGCCAUGCAUGCAACUAAAUAAAAAACAAGCAGAAUAACAAGCAGGCAGUGCAAAAACCAGCAUGGCGACCCCAUCUUUGAAUCCCUUUUUUUCCUUUUCAAGGGAAUUACCUUAAUUUCCUUUGAUAUUCAACUACCGGUUGCCACACUUACUUCUCCUGGCUAUACAAAUCAGUGGCAGAUCCAGGAGAGGGUCCCCCCUUAUUUUUAGACCAAACUGAAGCCUGAAGGGCCAAAAAAAUUUUUUUGAGACUGUCCCCCCUAUCUCACAGUUUGGAUGACCGCCCCCCCCCCUUAUCUGAAGGUCUGGAUCGGCCGCUGCAAUUGAACUUUAGUCCCUUGUUAAAUUUUCAAAGAGAUGUUUUGUGAUUGAUAAAAUUAAAAGAAAUAGAAAACUUAAAUUAUAUGGAACUCAUCCAGGGCUGUUCUCUAGCAGUGCCUGGACCCCCUGCAAAAUUAAGUUUGCUCUUGGGUGAGUGGGAAAUCUCAGUUUUUGCCCGGAAGUCACAUACUGGCAUCCUUGAUUUCACAGGUUCAGAACACUGCGCUACCCUAUAAUUUUUCUUAAAGCAUGGUCUUGUUAUCUGAAAAGUUUCAAAUAAAAUUAAAACAUUUUUGACCACACCAUAGACAUGUAUGGUGUAGGUCAAAAUUUAAUUCGUUAUAAGUUCUUAACCAAGGUUGGUACUCAAUUCCUUUGUCUCUUAACCCUAAUUAACAAUGAUUUAAGGUAAGGAGGCGAAAGGAAUCGAGAAUCAACCUCGUACUCGUACUCAUACUUAAUUUAUACUUGACAACCUGGAGCUUGCUAGGUCGCUAACUUAAGUUGCUAAUACAUCGAGUUUUUAAAGAAACAUACAAAAUAAGUUGAAAGAAAAUAAAAAUAAAUCAAUUUGUUAUAUAAACACCAAUGAAAUACCAGGUGAUCUUUCAUGCGAAAACAUAAUAUCUUCACACAUGAAAAAAACAUGUUAUUUUAACAUGUGAAAAGAUCACCAUUGCUAUGGCUACGUAAUAAUUUGUCUUUCGCACCAAAGAAAUAUUUAAGUGAAAUGGUUUGGCAUUUCAUUGGUGUUUAUAAUAUAAACACCAAUGAAAUGCCAAACCAUUUCACUUAAAUAUUUCUUUGGUGCGAAAGACAAUAGUAAAUAGAACAUUACAUGGACGCUUGGAGAUACGAAGUUUCUCUUCUCGUGUUGGAAAAUAUUUCACUCAUUCGCUGCGUUCACUUGAAGAGAAAUUUCCUAUCUCCGUGCGGCCAUGUAAUAUCCUCUAUAUGAAACUAUUUAAAUGGCUAAAAGCUAAAAGAUAAUUGUAAAAGCUUCAUAUAAUGAUUGCAGGACUGAGAAUAGGGGAAAUGGAAAAAUAAUUAUAGACUAACUGAAACUAGUUGAUGCUACAGGUAACACUUUCUUGUAUCAAAGUUCGUCUUUCUGAUUUAUGUUACGAACUUUUUAAUGAUAGAAUAACCUCUGAAUUUAAUUUUGCCCUACAUGUAUAAUUUGUAUAUGGAUGUACACUUUUAUCUUAAUCAUUUUUAUAGGGUGGAGAGAAAUAUCAGGAUGCAUACUAUAUUUUUCAAGAGCUUUCUGACAAAUACACACCAACUGUCAUGUUGCUCAAUGGUCAGGCUGUUGCAUAUAUGCACAUGGGAAAGUUUGAAGAUGCAGAGAGUGUGCUUCAGGAUGCUCUAGACAAAGUAAGUUUAAAUUAUGAUAGGCUGAUUUAGCAACAGAACGGGAACGUCAGUUGACGACGGCACGCGCAAAUUACACAACUGGCUUGGCCAAUGGCAGGGCGGCAAACUGGGAACCGGGAGUCGUGUUUAGUCCUUUCCGCGCGCUUUCCCGUCGUCAACUGACGUUCCCGUCCUAUGACUAGGGGUGACUGCGAUGACUACAGACUGUACAAUGUAGGUGUACAAGGUGAAUCAUAAAGAGUAUUAUUAAUCAUGGUUGAACUCUUCUGUAGUCAGGCAAAACCUGGAGAUAUAAUUUAUCACGUUAUUAUUCCUUUUCUUUUUUGCUUUGUAGGAUAGUAGUAAUCCUGAGACUCUCAUUAACAUGGUGGUUUUGUCACAGCACCUAGGAAAAGCCCCUGAGGUACAAAUCACAUUCUCCAUUUCAUUUUUGUAAUCUUUUGUAAUAUCCCUUGAAGAGCUGGUUUCCUUAUGAAAAGACAUUUUGUUAUUGAAUCUUUGCUUAGCUUGCUAACUUUCCAAAUUGUUUUUUCAAGAUAUAGUGGAACCCCGUGAAUGCAACCACCGUUGGGCCAUAAAAUCUUGGUCGUAAUGGGUUGGUCGCAGUAACGUUGUCAUCAAAAUAAUAAAACGACUCUGUGAUUUUUUCGUUUGGAUCGAACGAAUAUGGUCGUUUAAACGGGGUAUUUAUAAGGCGGGGUUUCCUUUGUACCUUCAAUUUUAUCAUGAAAUUGGAUAACAAGAUGUUAUAGAGCAACAAAAAUCUACUUGACUUAACACAAGCAACAUGUAAUGGUCUUGGCCAACUUUGCCUCAAGAUUAAGAAUGUGAAAAAAUGAUAGUUACUGGCCUUGGCAGAGGAAACGCUGUCAGUACAUGAUCCAAAACCAACAGCUCCAUUAAGCCGACUUAUUUGUAUUGACCCCAAACCAAGAUCCUGUCAAUAAAAUCUUGACGGGUGGCAGUAAGAGGCCUUUUAGGCGCCAGUAGACCAUUGGUGACAGGCUUUUAGUGAAAACCUUGUUGCAUAACACAUUAAGUGAUAAAAAAAUACAACUACUUCUUUUACUAACUGAUUCGUAUCAUUAAAAACGACUGAACUUAGCUUUUUUCUUUUCUGCUCUUUCUCUUUUUUUACUCUUUCAGGUCACAACACGAUAUAUUUCACAGCUAAAGGAUGGCCAUCCAAAUCACCCUUUCACGAAAGAUUUUCAACGAAAGGUAAGGUUUUUUAUUACAUGUACUUAG